CUGAGACCGGUAGAAUAACAGCAGAAGAUGGAGGCAGUGAGGAGGUGGAGGGCAGACUGGAGGUAUCCCACUACUCUGCUGUGCAUUUAUGGAUUCUUUAGCACAGUCAAACCCCUGGAGCCUUUCCUCAUCCCAUACUUGACGGGACCGGACAAGAAUCUGACGGCAGAACAGGUGGUCAAUCAAAUUUUACCAGUAUGGACUUACUCUUACCUGGCAAUGCUGGUGCCGGUGUUCCUGCUGACUGACUGGCUGCGUUACAAGCCUGUGAUGGUGUUCCAGUGCGUCACCCUCUUCAUCACCACAGGGAUGAUACUGUGGCUGAAAAGUGUACCAGCCAUGCAGGCCAUGGAGUUCUUCUACGGGGUGGUGACGGCCAGCGAGGUGGCCUACUUCUCCUACAUUUACAGCAUGGUGGAUCUGAAGAGGUACCGGAAGGUCACAUCUUACUGCCGCAGUGUCCAGCUCCUUGGGUACACAGUGGGCUCUGUGCUGGGCCAGCUGCUCGUCAGCUUCAACCUCAUGUCCUACAACUACAUCCUGGUGCUUACUCUAGUUUUCACCGCCAUCGCUCUCCUCACUUCCUGCCUGCUGCCAAUGCCACAGCAGAGCAUGUUCUUUCACCGUAAACAUACUGGAGAGAAUAUGGUGACAGAGGGAACAAAGAGGGAUGCAGAUGGGACAGGGGAUGCAACAGAACACACAAGUGGAGCAAAGGCAUCCCUGGAAGAAAUAAAAGAUGAGAAGGUGGAGAAAGGAGAAACUGAGAAUGAAGCAGGAGUAGGAAUGGAUGAAAAAGCUGCAAAGGGCGAGGACCCUGUGGAGUCUGUCGGCGCACAGAGCUGUGGCGAAGUCCUACUCCGGCUGUGGAGGGACUUCAAACAGUGUUAUUCCUCCAGACAGCUGCUGUACUGGUCAGUGUGGUGGGCGAUGGCCUCCUGUGGCUAUUACCAGACCAUCAACUACGUGCAGAUGCUGUGGGAGCAUGUGCAGCCUUCUCAGGAUUUCAGCAUCUACAACGGAGGCGUGGAGGCAGUGUCAUACCUGUUGAGUGCAGCAACAGCCUACGGUAUAGGCUUCACCGAGGUGAGAUGGGACCUGUGGGGAGAGCUGGCCCUGGGUGGUUUCUCCGGACUCGGGGCAUCAGCACUAUUCCUCAUAACCUUCAUCGGCAACAUCUGGGUCUGCUACGCUGGUUACAUCAUUUUCAAGUGCCUGUACAUGCUGCUGAUAACGAUAGCAAUGUACCAGAUUGCAGCUGACCUGUCAAUGGAAAGAUACGCUCUUGUCUUUGGAGCAAACAACUUUGGAGCGCUGGCUCUCCAGACGAUCCUCACUUCUGUUGUGGUUGACAGCAGAGGGCUGGGCCUGAGCAUCAUCCCUCAGUUCACCAUCUAUGCCAGCUACCACCUGCUCAUCGCUGUGGUUUUUUCUCUUCGGGGACUGUUUACCAUUUGGAGAGAGAAGCAGAGGCGCAACAAAGAGUCCGACGCUCCGGUCAAAAACGAACCUCCAGACUCAGAAGAGUAG